ACAGUCAGGAUUGUUCAAAAGAAUGGAUACGUGACAGCUGUAUUUUUAUAUUUCCCUGGGAUGUGAAGAUAAACUCCAUUUAGGAUUUAUUAUUUUUACGUGAACGGCAAUGGCUUCGUGGAGACAAUGGAAUUAUAUUGGGAGUCUGUUUUUCGUUCUUCUUUGUCUCUGCGAAUGGUCUGGAGCUCAAAUAUCCUAUACUAUUUCAGAGGAGGUGGACAAAGGAACAGCGGUAGGAAAUCUCGCUAAGGACUUAAAUCUGGGUGUGAUACAGAUCAAAUCUGCGGGACUUCAAAUUACAUCAGGGAAUAACAAAAGGUAUUUUGACGUAAAUCCUGAAACCGGAGUACUUUAUGUUAGUGACAGGAUAGACCGGGAGGAGCUUUGUCCUAAUAUUCUAAAGUGCUCUUUAAAUGUCGAGGCCACAUUAAGUAACCCACGAAGCAUCCAUCGAAUUGAAGUUGUGAUUAACGAUAUCAAUGACAAUGCCCCAUAUUUUCAAGAAGAAAUAAUUGCAAUUGAUAUCUUCGAAUCUUCGUAUGUCGGAGAGAGGCAUCCACUGCCAAUAGCUCAUGAUGCAGAUGCGGGGAUUUAUUCGGUCAAAACCUACAAACUGAAUCAGAAUGAAUAUUUUUCUUUGGAUAUACAGAACACUGGUGAUCAGAGUGUGUCUGCAGAAUUAGUGCUGCAGAAAGCGUUAGACAGAGAAAAACAGUCCUCUUUUGAACUCCUUCUGACUGCGAUUGAUGGAGGGAAACCUCCGAAAACAGGGACUCUACAAAUAAACGUGAAUGUUCUAGAUGUUAAUGAUAAUUCACCUUUGUUCACUAAAUCUCUUUAUAAGGUCCAAGUGGUUGAAAAUGCUAAUAUUGGAACAACAUUAUUAACGCUGACUGCAACCGAUUCAGACGAAGGUGUUAAUGGCCAGAUUGUAUACUCGUUUUCAGAACGGGGGCGUUUAAACCCUGAUAGCAAAUUUUUUUUAAAUGAUGAAACGGGAGAUGUUAUAGUUAAGGGGAGUAUUGACUAUGAAGAAAAUAAAGCGUUUGAGAUUCGCGUUCAAGCAAGAGACAAAGGAAUCCCACCACGCAAUGCACACAGCAAGAUUUUAGUCGAAGUCAUUGACGUGAACGAUAAUGCUCCAGAAAUCACCGUGUCAUCACUCAUGAGUCCGGUGAAAGAGGACGCUGAAAUUGGCACUGCUGUUGCAAUGGUGACAAUCACCGAUAGAGAUGGAGGUACAAAUGGAAUGAUAAAAUGUAAAAUUGCAGACUCUGUGCCAUUUGAAUUGAAAUCUAAUUACAAAAAUUACUAUUCUUUAUUGGUUGAUGGGCCUCUUGACAGAGAAAAAGUUUCACAAUACAAUAUAUCGAUUGUAGCUUCAGAUGAAGGAAAGCCUUCCCUUUCGAGCACAAGUAUAAUUAAUAUUCAGGUUUCUGACGUAAAUGACAAUCCACCACAGUUCUUAAACUCUCAUAUUAAUAUUUAUGUGAGAGAGAAUAGCCCGAUUGGAACUACUAUCCACAAAUUAACCACAUUUGAUUCAGAUUUAAAUGAAAACUCGGAGUCAAUUUACAAUUUAAUUCACAGCUCUCCCAAGGCCACACAAAUUUCAUCAUUGAUAACAGUUAACUCAGACACUGGAGAUAUAAUUAGUCUUCAAACGUUUAACUAUGAGGAGUUAAAAACAUUCCAGUUUAAAGUUCAGGCGAAAGAUUCUGGUGUUCCUCCGCUAAGCAGCAACGCAACUGUGAACGUUUUUAUUCUGGAUGAGAAUGACAACAGUCCUACGAUUCUAGCACCAUAUUCUGAGCACGGCUCACCGUACAGUGAGAGCAUCCCCUACACUGCUGAAGCUGGAUACUUUGUUGCAAAGAUCAGGGCUGUGGAUGCAGACUCUGGAUACAAUGCACUCCUUACAUAUCACCUGACAGAGCCCAAAGGAAACAAUCUGUUCAGAAUUGGAACCAGCAGUGGAGAAAUCAGGACUAAAAGAAGAAUGAGUGACAAUGACUUGAAAUCUCACCCCUUGGUGGUUCUGAUUUCUGAUAAUGGAGAACCUUCUCUGUCAACUACUGUGUCUAUUGAUGUGGUUGUGGUUGAAAACACCGAUGACAUCCAGACUCCGUUCAGACAUGUGCCGUUAAAGGAGGACAACUUCUCUGAUUUGAACUUGUAUCUGCUGAUCGCAAUUGUGUCGGUGUCAGUGAUUUUCCUGCUGAGUCUCAUCAGUUUAAUAGCUGUCAGAUGCCACAGGACGGACAGUACUUUCAGCAAGUACAGCGCCCCGAUGAUCACCACCAACCCUGAUGGGAGCUGGUCUUAUUCUAAAGCUACUCAACAGUAUGAUGUGUGUUUCAGCUCAGACACAUUGAAGAGUGACGUAGUGGUUUUUCCUGGCCCGUUUCCACCUGUUGAUGCAGAACUGAUCAGUAUUAAUGGUGCAGAUACUUAUACCAGAACUCAGACACUACCUAACAAAGAAACGGUGAGGAGCAUAACAGCUGAACUCUGCCUCACCGUGUUUGGUUGUAACUAUGGGUUCAGAAAGUAG